AUGGCGUCAGUGUUUAAGAAACUUCCUGAUUCCGAGAGAAACAUCGAGGCAUCUUUGUAUUUUGGUAACUUGGACCCCCAAUGUCUGGAAGUGUUGAUGUACGAAUUGUUUGUCCAAUUUGGACCGGUCAAAAACUUGAUUAUGCCAAAAGAUCGAAUUCACAAAACGCACCAAGGAUAUGGGUUUGUAGAGUUUAAAAAUGCACGAGAUGCCAAGUACACAGAGGAUAUUCUACGUGGGGUCAGACUCUAUGGAAAACUAUUGAAAUUGAAAGAAUUGGAUUUCAAGCAGCCGGCUCAACAACAGAGAUCGGUGGGCACUUUUAUCAAUACGAAACUGGAUUUAUUAAAUGAGAAAUUUGUUGACGUUGGAGCAAAAGUAUUUGUUAAUAAUUUGAACCCCUUGAUUGACGAGAAGUUCCUACUACAAACUUUUCUGAAAUUCGGCACUGUUAUAAGACAACCUACAAUAAAAAGAGAUCCCGAGGGUAAGUCUAUGGGGUUUGGAUUUGUUACAUUUGCAGAUUUCGAAACAAGCGAUAAGGUGAUUGAAAAAUUGAAUAGUACAAUUUUGAUGAAUUCAAAAAUUAGCUUAGAUUAUGCUUUCAAAGAAGAUGGCCUGAAAGGUGGCAAGAGACUCCGACAUGGAGAUCAAGCAGAAAGAAUAUUAGCAGAAAGCGCUAAAAGAAAUAAUGUUCUGAAAUCUAAGAAGAUGUAUAAAGUGUUUAAAAAAGCUAAAACUUAG